ACCACCCCGGUCCGGAAGUGAGGCGGGGCCCACCACGGCAGACUUCUGGGACGGUCGGUGGAAACGUGGGGCGCGGGGAGGGCGCAGGCCCCGCCCGCUCCAGCCAUCCCGGCCGUUGCGCAACUCAGGGCGUUUGCAAAAACCACGUCUGGGAGGACUUGGCCGCAACGCGGCGAACGGACACCUUCGGGGAGAGUGGGCGGCGGUGAAUGAAUGAACGAGUGAACGAAUGCACGCCCGCCGGAGCGCGGGGUCACCGCGUAGUUGCGGGCGCGCCUUCCGGGGCGCCGCGGUAGAGGUAGAGCCCCUGCGCUCCGCGACAGGCCGGCACUUUGCAACCGCUCCCUAAGCGCGACCCCGCCUCCGCUCCCCGCCCCAGGGCGCCGUGGCGCGUUGCGGGGCGGGGCGACUGCGCAGGCGCAAGAGCGUCCGGAGGGGAGGGGCGUGACCAGGCCGCGUGCGCGCGCGCGCGCGCAGAACCCUGGAGCUGGAGGCCGCCUCCCCCGCCGCCGGCUGGACCCAGCUAUGGGUUCGGUGCAGGCCGCAGGCUCGGUGCGCGCGCGCUACCUUGUGUACUUCCAGUACGUGGGCACCGACUUUAACGGGGUCGCGGCCGUCAGAGGCACUCAGCGCGCCAUCGGGAUCCAGAACUACCUGGAGGAGGCCGCCGAGCGGCUGAAUUCCGUGGUGCCGGUCAGGUUCACCAUCUCCAGCCGCACGGACGCAGGGGUCCACGCCCUGAGCAACGCGGCGCAUCUGGACGUCCAGCGCCGCUCAGGCCGGCCGCCCUUCCCGCCCGAGGUCCUGGCUGAGGCCCUCAACACCCACCUGCGGCACCCGGCCAUCAGGGUCCUGCGGGCCUUCCGAGUGCCCAGCGACUUCCACGCUCGCCACGCAGCCACGUCCCGGACCUACCUGUACCGCCUGGUCACUGGCUGUCACCGGCCUGAUGAGCUGCCAGUGUUUGAACGCAACCUAUACUGGGCUCUCCAGGCAGACUGCCUGGAUGUGGCCGCCAUGCAAGAAGCUGCCCAGCACCUCCUCGGCACACAUGACUUCAGCGCCUUCCAGUCGGCCGGCAGCCCGGUGCCAAGCCCCGUGCGAACGCUGCGCCGUGUCUCCGUGUGCCCAGGCCAGGCCAGCCCCUUGGUCACCCCCGAGGACAGCAGGAAGCUGCGGUUCUGGAGCCUGGAGUUUGAGAGCCAGUCCUUCCUGUAUAGACAGGUGGGCUCGGUUCUGGGGCCCUCCCUGGGGGGUGGGGCUGAAGGUGGGCAGGCCUCUGUGCAACCUCGGCCCUGGGUCACAGGUACGGAGGAUGACCGCUGUGCUGGUGGCCGUGGGACUGGGGGCUUUGGCACCUAUCCAGGUAAAGACGAUUCUGGAGAGCCAAGACCCCUUGGGGAAGCACCAGGCACGUGUGGCCCCGGCCCACGGCUUAUUCCUCAAGUCAGUGCUGUAUGGGAGACUCGGUGCUGCCUCCUGCACCCUGCAGGGGCCACAGUUCGGGAGCCACAGAUGACCCUGGACACUCCGCAAAGUCAGGCCACACCAGGCCCAACCCUGUGUUGGUCAAGCAGGGCAGUCAGCCGCUUGGGGGCCACAGCACUGCUGCCCAGGUCCCACCAGCUUGGAUGCCCCUCUCUAUCCUAGGCGGGAUGGGGUGCAGUGCAGGACACAGCCAUGUACACCGAGAAGAGGGUACCAAGUAGUCUUUUGUUCAGCUUUUACUGGAAACUGCUGUCUGGGACUCCCUACCCUAACCAUCGUUUGGGGGCCCAGGAGCAGGAAUAAAGGCAAGACAGCCCGGA